UUCCUGGAGAUAUUCCAGGUGGCGCUGUCGGUUUCCCCUUUCUAAACUUUAACAUCUUAAUUUGGGUUUGGUAAUAAAGAAAAUCUACCCCAGGUUGCCACAGUAUGAUUUAGCAUGUCUAUCUUAGCAUGUCCUAGCUUACCCAAGUUUAGAUUGUCUUUGCUUGUGUAUCUUAGAUUAGAUUAGCUUAUUGUAGCUUAGCUCAUGUUUUGUUAAUUAUUAAACUAGUUCUGAAUGAGACAUUUAAGCUCUUAGUUACCAGCAUCGUGUCAGACUCAAUUUAUCUCCAUUUAUUUAUUUUAGAUAUAUAAAAAGCUGCAGAUUGAUCGUCUGGAAGAUUCUCAUGAUUUAAAUUUAAAGUCCUGGGUUUAAAGUCCAGCUCAGGUUUAGUUGAUCAGAAUCAAACUCAGCAUCAGAAAUGGAGCCAAAGCCUUAAAGUCCUGAUCCUUUCAAAUUAAAGUUGAGAUAUUUUACCAAAAAAAUCCACAAUUACUAACAUUCAGAUUACGACAGAAAUCCCAGCCUAAUUUUCUUAGUGAUUUUAAAAAUUGGUGGAGAAAUUAUGUUAAUGUGUUUUCCAAGAUGUAAAAUCAUGGAGGAAAGAGUCAGUUUUUGUUUCUGGCAGCUGGUCUGACAUGAUUUUAAUGAGCGUUAAACAUGUCGGCUAAUAUCCCGUCGGCCUGGAGGUCCAGUUACAGUCCGAGUCAGAACCCACCGGAGGCGGCGGCCCUGCAGCGUCUGACCGGCCUCGUCGGCGCGUCGCACUUCCUUCAGCUGCUGCUUUCACAGGGAAGGAGACGCUCUGGACGGAGGUUGAGAUUAUUAAAGGUUUAACUGCAGACCAGGCCUGACGGUUGCUUCUCUUACAGAGAUGAAGAGCCGGCGCGUUAAUGGCGCUGUGGCUCAGGCUGCAUAACUCACAGAGAGGCUAUUAAAGCCGAAUUACUGAGGAAAACCUCAGCCGGGUUUAACUUUCCAACCAGCCGGAGCUUUGCUCUCAUUUCUCCUCCAGUUUCUGCCUGCAGUGGGGCAGAAAGCAGCUCCGCUUGAAACUCUGAGUUUCUACAACCUGCAACAUUUACCAGAAAGCCUGUGUUCAUGUUUCCGCUGUUAGAUGGUAAAUAGAAAGUACAACUCGUUUCAGAUCGAACGGCUCACAGCUUUCACUGAUCAAAAACACAAACUGUCACCAUUUACAACACACAGAAGAAAAAUGGGAAAGUUAUAAAGAUAAAUAACUUAGUGAACCCUGAGGAUGAGAAACUUAACGACUGAUACGAAACGCUGAUAUCAUGAUAAACUAUUAUUGAUGAGUUUUUGUAUUAAAUAUUUGGAAUUCAGCCAAACAGGUGGCGUGACGUUUCCUGUUUCCUACAUUUGUUUUUAAGCAGUUAUGAGGAACAGUGGAGAAACCUGAAACUGCUGCUGCGCCAGCUACUAAACAGCUUGUUGCUAGGCACCCAGAGAGUGAGUGAGUUGCUAGGCAACCAAAGAGUGAGUGAGUUAGUUGACACCACCAAUUCUGCAUAGCUAGCUGAGUUUGAGCCUUUCCUCUGCCUACGUUUCCCAGAAUGCUGUGCGGUUCUGGAUCAAAUUUCAAUGAAUAUUAUAUCAAUGUAUUAUCUAUUGAUAUUGAUCACAUGUCUAGCAUGAUAUGUAUUGUUACUGAUUUAUGGCCCAGCCCUUGUUCAUCUUCACAACAUUUAGGAGAAUAAUUAGCAAUGAAGAGCUAAUAACCAAAUAUAUUGAUCACUAGCGGCAUUUCCAUUACAAAUAUGGCCUAAAGUGUCUCCAUUGCAAACUACCCAAUUUUUAUACGGGAGAAAAACCACAGCAAAAACUUUUUCUCAAAAAACAAACGUCCUUUAAUUGCUGUUUUUCCACUAAACAAUUUUAUUUUUGUAAUUUGAAUUGUCACAAAUGAAUGGUCAGUGAAAACGCAGCUGCAGAGGAUCUGUGAGAAGCUGCUAACCGGGUCACUGCGUCUCAGUUCCGGUGAUUUAGAAAUGAAACCAGUUUCAUUCUGAAGCAUCAGGAUCAGAAAUAAAACUGAAACAUUUACAGAAUCAAACCAGCAACUCCUGCGACUCCCGUUCACCAUCAAAGCAUUUCACAAAAACCUCUUUCACACCAAACAAAGAGAAACACACGAGCUGCACUCAAAGCAGCUGCGGGUCUCCAGCCCCCUCUGGUGGCCGGGAUGAGACACUGCAGCGCUCAGAGGAACAAAGGAAGAAACAAAGAGGAGCUGAAACUCCGGCAGAGAAUCAAUUCAAAAUGACCCUGCUGUGUUUCUGAGGGCAGAAGUCUGUGCUUUAAAUGAAUUCAUAUUCUAUUUACUUCACUGAAAGAUUGUGGAGUUAAUAUCUCUCUUAUUUAAUUUUUUAGACAUGCUGGAAUACAACAACCUUAAUGAUAUUUAUUUUAAAACUAAUUAACUCUACCUUUAAAUUUGGAAGUUUCUUCGAGAAUACAUGCGUGACGUUACAAAUUUACAGACAUUUCAGAAAAAACUGUUCAGUUUAGAUGAUCAAGAAAAGAGUUAAAAGAUCAUUUAUCCAUUUAUUUUUUGCCUUUGUGAUCAAGUUUCUGCUUUUGUUGCAUCAAAACUGCAUUUAAUCUCAGGAUGAAGAUUUUCUUAAAACAUUCAAGAAAACAGUGAAGAAAAAACUUGUUUCAUAUCAGAUUUCUAUCUGAAAUAACUUAAAGUUGUCUUUCAGAUCAGAAACAACGAUUAAUAAUCAGAUGUGAUAACUGGUUCUCAAAUAUUUGACCUGAUCAAAUUUACUGUUUAAAUGUUCAGAUCUUGACCUCAUUUUAUUUAUGUAAAAUCAACAGAAUUACUGGCACAAUUCCUAGUUUUUCAGACAUGAGCCUGAAACCUUAAUAUUCAAUGAUUAUUGCGCUGCUGCUUCCUAUAGUCAAUAAUAAAUAUUUAUUAUUGAUCAGAGACGUGAAAAAGCCAGAGCCAAGCCUGGCGUCGUUCACAUGGAAACCAAAGGAACCAGGAAAACAUCAACUCAGGUAACAUGUUCAUAAUAACAAUAAUAACAACAACAAUAAUAAUAAUAAUAAUAAUAAUAAUAAUAAUCCUACACAUGGAGAGGAAAAUCAUACAGGCUUUUCUCAGAGUAUAAAUAAAAUAUCUUCCAUAAUUAUCCCAUAAACAUGAAUCCUGAAAGGUUUUAUUUAUAGAAAUUCCCUCAUUUUUGAUAUUUCUAUUAAUAGUGUCUCUAAAUUCCAGAUUCCCAGAAAUAAAUCUGAUGCUCUCAACAACCAGCUUCUACUGGUAAACAGCUGCAAUGUGAGACUUUAUUGCCUAUAAAUGCAAUAAAAGGACAAAAAUUACUUUUAAAACAUGAAGUAAGAAAAAUCCCAAGUUUACAGUUUAAAAGCAGAUCAGAGUUAAAGUCCAUUAGUUCCCAAAGUUUCUCUGCCUUUAGCAAACCGAGCAGCGUCGCUAAUGAACGAGACUCACCGGGUCGAAUCCAACCGGGUCAGAACCCGAACAGAACCACAGAUCACUAAUGACGAGCAGGUGAGCAGCAGGAAACUGGCCCUACAAAAUAAAACAGGAAGUUAAAACCGUCAUCUUACUGUAUGAAAAGCCGUUCGUAAAGUUACACUGAAAAAAAUUAACAGCAAUAAUUUGGGUUAUUUAGCAAAAACUGGAGGUCAUAUUUCUACCAUGAUUACAAAUAUCACAAUUUCAAACUAAACAUUUAAUCAGCAAGUUACAUAUUUUUGCUUCACUUCCGCUUAUCAGCUAGCAAAUUUGCAUAUUUAAAUAUUUAGCUAGCUCGGAGCAACUGAGAUAAUUAGCCAGUUUAGUAUUUAGCUUUCUAACUAAAUAUUCAGCUUAGAUAUUUAAAUAAUAUGUAAUUAGUUUUCUGUUUAACUUUUACCUGAAGCUAAAUAUUUAUGCGAAUAUUAGCUAGCUCAAAGGUAAUGAGAUAACUUUGCUAGCUCACAGCAAACUAUUGAACUUGGAGCUAAUAGCUAGCUUGACAAAAUUCAUUUUUUAAUUUUGAUCGAAGUAUUUGGUUUAUUUUCUCAGUUACUACUAAAUAUUUAGCUUUCUCCCUGCUCCAAGGGCCCCUCCCUGCUCCAAGGGCCCCUCCCAGCUCUAAGGGCCCCUCCCUGCUCCAAGGGCCCCUCCCAGCUCUAAGGGCCCCUCCCAGCUCUAACUGCCCCUCCCUGCUCCAAGGGCCCCUCCCUGCCCUAGGGCCCCUCCCUGCUCUAAGGGCCCCUCCCAGCUCUAAGGGCCCCUCCCAGCUCUAACUGCCCCUCCCUGCUCCAAGGGCCCCUCCCUACUCUAAGGGCCCUUCCCUGCUCUAAGGGCCCCUCCCCGCUCUAAGGGCCCCUCCCUGCCCUAGGGCCCCUCCCUGCUCUAAGGGCCCCUGCCUGGCUCUUCAUCUCCUGCUCAGCGUCGCUGCAGGUGGAUUCUGACCUGCAGCUGAAUUUUUCUCUGCUUCCAGGUUUAAUCUGGAUUAUUCUGGAUUUUUCUGGAUUGUCCUGCAGUAAUCUGGUUCUGCUAAACUCUGUAAAGUGUUUUUGUUGCUGCAGAAUAAAAUGAAUCGCUCCACCAGGCAGCUGAUGCUCCUCCUCCACCUGCUGCUGUUUCUGAGCGGCCUCUCUCUGGUUGCCAUGGGAACCUGGGUGACGGCGGGCGGCGGCGGCCCCUUCCUCCACCUGCUGGGGCCGUUCUCCAACCAGCUGCUGCGCUUCCUCAACAUCGGCCUCCUCUGCAUCGCCAUGGGAACCACGCUGGUGCUGCUGGGAGCACUGGGAGGAUGUGCAGCUCACUGGGAGAGCAAGUGUCUGCUGCUGACUUUCUUCUCCAUCGUCCUCAUCAUCUUCAUCUGUGAGACGGCAGCUGGAGUCGUGGCUCUGGCCUACUCCUCCUUCGCUCAAGGCAUCCUCAAGGCGUGGGCGGUUCCCGCGCUGCAGAACGAUUACGGCAGCGAUCCGACCGUCACUGGGAUCUGGAAUUACACCAUGGUAGAGUUGAAGUGCUGCGGUUUCUCCAACUACACCGAUUUCCUGGGGUCAAAGGUGGAGGAGCAGAACGGGACCGGCCUCCCACCCAGCUGCUGCUCCACCAACAUCGCCCCCUGCAGCCCAGCGGAGGCGGCACGCUCACCUGUCCAGGGCUGCUUUGAUCCCAUCCUGAAGACCCUGAGAAAACACACCUGCGCUGUGGGAGGCGUGGCAGCAGGAGUGGGACUCCUAGAGAUCGCUGCCAUGAUCGUCUCCAUGUACCUGUUCUCUCACCUGGAUGAGAAAGUCAGCUGAAGUUGCUCCUCCCAGCCUGCAGAGGCAGUAGAUCCUGAUGCUGUCCUCCUCUUUGCUGCAACAUAUUUAACACUUCCUGUUGAGGUUUAGCUUGAUUUCAAUUCAGUAGAGAAGUUUUAAAUAUAUCUAUGAACUAUAAAUAUAUUUAACGAAU